AAAGUGCUGCACGUCAAAGAUUGGCUCAACCAGGAAUGAAGCCUCUGCGCUUUUGUUCUUCUGAUGAGAAACAACUUUGAAUACACCAAAAGGAAAACCUUUUUAAGGACACAUCUGCAGAUAAUAAUUGCUGUAAGCCAGCUGAUAGCAGAUGUAGCACUAAGUGGAGGAUCGAGAUUUCAGGAGUCUUUAUUCAUUAUCAAUAACUUUGCAAACAGUGACAGACCUAUGAAGGCAACUGCUUUUCCCUCAGAAGUCAAAGACUUGACCAAGAGAAUCCGUACUGUUCUUAUGGCCACAGCUCAAAUGAAGGAGCAUGAGAAGGACCCCGAAAUGCUAAUUGAUCUCCAGUAUAGUUUAGCCAAGUCCUACGCAAGUACCCCAGAGCUCAGGAAAACCUGGCUUGAUAGCAUGGCCAAGAUUCAUAUAAAAAAUGGAGAUUUUUCAGAGGCAGCAAUGUGUUAUGUCCAUGUAGCAGCUUUGGUUGCAGAGUUUCUUCAUCGAAAAAAAUUAUUCCCUAAUGGAUGUUCAGCCUUCAAGAAAAUUACUCCCAACAUAGAUGAAGAAGGAGCAAUGAAGGAGGAUGCUGGAAUGAUGGAUGUCCAUUAUAGUGAAGAAGUUUUGCUGGAAUUGCUAGAACAAUGUGUGGAUGGCUUAUGGAAAGCAGAGCGUUAUGAAGUAAUUUCUGAAAUUUCCAAGUUGAUCAUUCCAAUUUAUGAGAAACGUCGAGAGUUUGAGAAGCUUACUCAAGUUUACAGAACUCUUCAUGGAGCUUACACAAAAAUUUUGGAGGUUAUGCACACAAAGAAAAGACUUUUAGGCACUUUCUUCAGAGUUGCCUUUUAUGGCCAAUCUUUUUUUGAAGAAGAGGAUGGAAAGGAGUACAUCUAUAAAGAGCCAAAGCUCACCGGCCUCUCAGAGAUUUCCCUGAGACUUGUUAAACUUUAUGGAGAAAAAUUUGGUACAGAGAAUGUCAAAAUAAUUCAGGAUUCAGACAAGGUAAAUGUCAAAGAACUUGAUCCCAAAUAUGCUCAUAUCCAAGUCACUUAUGUGAAGCCCUACUUUGAUGAUAAAGAACUCACAGAAAGAAAAACUGAGUUUGAAAGAAACCAUAAUAUCAACAGAUUUGUUUUUGAGGCUCCUUAUACAUUGUCAGGCAAAAAGCAAGGCUGUAUAGAGGAACAGUGCAAACGCCGUACAAUCUUGACUACUUCUAACUCGUUUCCAUAUGUGAAGAAGAGGAUCGCUAUAAACUAUGAACAGCAGAUUCAUUUAAAGCCAAUUGAUGUUGCCACUGAUGAAAUAAAAGAUAAAACUGCAGAGCUGCAAAAGCUUUGCUCCUCUGCUGACGUGGACAUGAUUCAGCUCCAACUUAAAUUGCAGGGCUGUGUUUCAGUGCAGGUAAAUGCAGGUCCAUUAGCAUACGCAAGGGCUUUCUUAAAUGACAGUCAAGCUAGCAAGUAUCCAGCCAAAAAAGUAAAUGAGUUGAAAGACAUGUUUAGGAAGUUCAUCCAAGCAUGCAGCAUUGCACUGGAACUAAAUGAGCGGCUGAUUAAAGAGGAUCAGAUUGAAUACCAUGAAGGGCUCAAGUCAAAUUUCAGAGACAUGGUGAAAGAAUUGUCUGACAUUAUUCAUGAACAG